CAGAUCAACUGAUGACGGUGAUAGACGCGUACAGACGACGCAUCCUCACGUUCAGACGGACUCUGGCCAUGUGUGACUUCCCUACGUUAAUUCUCAGACCAUCAGGAAGGAUAAGCAUCAUCACAGACUCGUUGGCGGAGAUGGUGGGCUAUACACGAGAGCACGUGGUAGGACGACUCAACAUAUUCGAUCUCUUGGGCGACGAUAGUGUCUUAUACUUCAUUCAACAGGUGAUGAUGGGGG